UGUAUUUAUGAUUAUUCUAAUUGUCCUGGUAGGGUGGAUGGCACAGCUUCACAGUCACAGAAACACGCUUGCAGGCCAGGACCUGGGUUUGAAUCCUGGUGCCACCGUGGCUUUGGGUGUGCACUGUGGCUUUGGGUGAGCAGGACCCUCUGCUCUUCAAUUUACUGCAAAAUUACAACAAUUCGAUUACUUCCUAUACUGAUAAAUAGAUUAAAUAAUGGGUGUAUAGAAUUCAGCAUGGAAUCUAGUGCAUAAUAAUUAUGCACUGCGGUAAACAGUUAUGAAAAUUCGGUACCAUUUAUCCCCAUUAAAAAAUAAGGGAAUGAAGGCAGGUUAUAUCAUUUAUACAAGGCCACACAAUAAGUUGGAGAGAUGAGACUCAGCCAGGCUGUUCUGCUGCCAAACCCUUGGGUUUGUUUUUCAUAUUUUGGGUGUCUGAAAACAUUUUUAUAGAUGUAGCUUGGAAAAAUGGAAGGCUACCUAUUAUGUUCAUGAUAUUAAUCAGUGUUUUUAAGCUUUCUCCUUGGCUGGGUGUGUCCACUGGCCCAGCUUUUUCCUCUCUCACCACAUUCCCCACCAGCAGCUUGACUCGACAUGAGUGUGCAUGUGGCCUGGUGACAGGUAAGGCCACAUUAGUCCCUGGUCUCCAGCUGCCUCUCCACUGAGAAGGGACCUUUCUCUGCCCUGGAACAGGGAGCGCGGCUCGGGUGGGUGAGCCAGGCCACCGAAGAUGGAGAACCCGGACCCACUCACGGGGCUGUGAGCAUCCUGCCCUUUGUCCUCUCUGAGCCACGUCCGGAAGCUGACUCACCGUGUCUCAUUUGUGUUUGUUUGAAACCAGCUUGCGGAAUUACUCUCAGAGGAUGAUGGAGGCGUCACAGCAAUCUGACAGCCCUGGAGGAAGCUGGGAGAGGAGCCGAAGGGACAUCCUGAGGUCCACCAAGAGGGCAUGGGUUCCCCUGGACGAGCAGCUGCCUCCUGGCCUCGACAUCCCCGGGCUGGGAGAGUCCAAGCAAGAAAGUAUUCAGCAGUGGCUGGACUCUGGAUUCUUUGUCUCUGCAAAUGAAAACGUCCAGCCGGUCAUCGACCACACAGCUUUUCCUCCUGAACAAGGAAUGGUCCACGUGACAGUGCAAGACUACAUGAGAUCUCUGCACCAGUUUCCAGAAACGCCCACCCUAUCCAGAGGGACUAGUUUCAACUCGUGCUAUUCUGCAGCAAGUAUACCACAAAGCAUUCCCGAAUGGCUGGAAUUCUGGGAAAAAGAUCCAGUGGAGAUUCUCUUGGAUCUGGGGUUUGGUACCGAUGAGCCCGACAUCUGCACACAGAUUCCAGCCAGAUUCCUGGUCAGUGGCUCAGCAGCCAGAGGAAUCAACAUCCGUGUUUUCCUUGAAGCUCAAAAGCAGCGCAUGGACAUUGAGAACCCUAACUUGUAUGGCCGGUUCCGACAGCUGGAAAUCCUGGACCAUGUGGCCAAUGCCUUCUCAUCUUUGCUGGAUGAGGUCAACACUCUGCAGAGCAAAGCUGAGGAGAGGGAUGAGGAGGAAAGUGUGCAAAGAACCUCCGUGGGUGGAGCUGAAGAACAUCAGAGAAGAGUGGGUGAAUUUCUCAGGAAAGCCUCGAAGCAGAACACCAGGGGACACUGUAGUUCCAAAGUGUCAGAGUCACUGAAGAACAGGGAAGAGUUUUCCAUCCCCUCUGCACAACCGGGGGCACGUGCAGCACAGUUACCAGCCAUGGCAGACAGCCGCCACCACGGCCCUUGGCCUCCUUCGGCUGAGCAUUGGUCUCUCCAAACCUGUGAUGACUUGACACCUUGUCGUCCUCCCCGAGGUCUUCUGAAAAAGUGGUGGCCUUCCAUACCUAUGCCUGCAAGGCAGGCUCCUGCUUCCUGCGUGUCUGAGGGGUCAGCCAAGGACAGGACACUGAAAGAAAACUGGAUUCAGACUAAUAAGCUCAGGAGCUUCUCCAAUGUGAGCAGAACGCCAGACUCCUUCGAAAUGGAGGAGGUCCAGAGCUUUGAAGAGGAGAGUGGUAAUCCCCCCGACCUGACUUCAGGAACUGCAGGUGCCACAGUGAGCAGAGCCAACAGCUGCCAGUCGGACAGCAGCGGGUUCCUGGAGGAACCGCCGGAACCACCAGCCUGGCAGGUGCCUCCCUUGCCUGCAGGCCAGGCCCCUGCCGAGGAGGGAUGCACAGACCCAGGCGGCCAGAGCCCGAGCUUAGGGUCCGCCCAGCACUGCCAGCGAGACUCGGAGGAGUCCAGCUCCAAGAGUGGGGCGAGUACGUCCUUUUCCAGCCAAGACUGGAGUGUCUUAGAGGACAAGUCCCCAGAACCGGAGGUGGAGAAGGAGUCUCAGCCCGAGGCCAUGGGGGUGCAGCCAGGACUGUCCACCUCAGACGUGGCCCUGAGCUGGGCCACCGCUGGAGGAGAGCGCCCAGGGAAAGACAGCCACCAGAGGCAGCCCCCACCCAUGCCCCACACUCAGCAUGAGGCCAACAUUGGCAGGACUCCCCGCCGGGGUGAUUGUCCCCUGGAGUUCCUGGUGACCGAAGGGGACGAUGGGUUUCUGAGGCUCGAGGGAGCCAGGGAGGUGCACGUGCAAAGCCCCCCCUGGGAGCCUCACACGUCUCCGGGAACGGAUGGUGCUCCGGACAAGUCCCUGCCCGCCGGCUCCGAGGCCCCGAGAGGAGCAGGAAGCAGUGACACCUGUCCUGACUUCAGCCACCGCUCCCAGACACGAGGAAGUCCGCCACCGUCUGUCCCCAAGAACGGCGCAGUCAGGACCUCUGCAGUGGCCCUUAGUCACACAUCUGAAAAGGCCGUACCCCACGUAAAUACUCUGCCUGGGGGUGCUGCUCCCCAAGCAAUGCCAAGGUGUGGGGCUUUGGGUCAGAUACCACCCUGGGCAGAACCUGAGCUGGGAGCCCUUCCUCCCGACGCUGACUCAGAUGCCGCCGGCUCCGAGUCUGUGACAGUGCAGCUGUCCUCCAGUCUGCUGUCAGCUGCCCAGAGUGCUGUGGCCUGGGGGACUCACUCUGGAAGAACAAGUUCAGAAUGCACUGUGGGGGACCCUGUAACCACGACACGACCAGUUCUGGGGACAGGAGCCAGACAGUUCAAUGACGUUUCUGUUCAGACUUGUGAAUGGGAGCCCAGGUCCUGGCACUGCUGUUCAGUGCCAAGGAACAAGGCCCAGCCCCUCACCAAAUCCGUCUCCCUAGACACCGGCUUCCCCAGUAGCUGCCCGGCGUGCAUCUGCUGGGCCGCACCUGCCCACUGCCGGGACUGCUGUCACCACCAUCCCCACUGCCACUGGGCGGGACUGAGCUCCGGCCCGGUGUCCUCAGCCUGCAGGCAUGGCCUGUGCUCUCAGGGUCACUUGGAGACCCAGUGCAUGAAGACCUUGGAAGUCCUUCGGGACACCGCAGUGGGGGAGCUGUGCUCUGGCACAGCCCCCGAGAUGGAAGCCAUGCAGACGCUCUGCCGGUGUUUCCGGGAGCAUUUGGAGGAAACGGAACAGCACCUUACAGGACAGCAGGCCCGCUUUUCCAGGGACAUGUCCGAAGAGGAAAGGAAGGAGGCGGAGCACCUGCGAACCUUACGCAGAGCCCUGCGGCAGCAGGUGGAGGAGCUGGAGUUCCAGCUAGGAGACCGCGCUCGGCAAAUCAGAGGAGGGAUCCUGUUGCAGCUGGAGCUCCUCACAGGAGAACCCCCUGAAAACAGAGCAAAUCUGCACCAACACGACUGGACAGAGGACAGGAGGGGCCAGAUCCCACGUGCCCAGGCCCACCCAGCCUUGUUCCCUGGGGCUGCCUUCCCUGUGGAUGCCGGCCGGCAGGCUUCCUGCCCGCGGGCAAGCCACGGGGCGGCCUGCCCUCCACUGGCCCCAGAGGGCCGCCCGGGGAUGUCUCCUCUAGCUCGGGAAGAGUCGGGUGCAGCCCUUUUGCCCCAGCGUCCUGCUGGGGACACGGAGGCGGGUGUCUGCCUCUGAGUCGGAGUGGGCUUGCUGGCCUUCCAGCAAACGCAAGAGCACCACGUUCCAGCCGGGGAAGGAGCUCUACAUUUCCCCACCGAGACUUGUGUCUCCUAGCCUUUCAUCGGCUAUUUUUUAAAAUAUUCUACUGCCUGGCUAAACCUGGGAGGAACUCGGGAUAUUCUAAUUCUCCUUCAUUCCAGUAAGGGAGACCUACUGUGUGCCUGGCAGAGAGAAUGUGUGGUGGCCAGCACAGGGACAGCUGGUCCUCUCUUCUCGUCGCUACCUUCUGUGACUAGAAGCAAAACGUGGUAUAAUGGAACCGACUUUGCCUCAGGCUAAUUGCUAUAAACAAGAGUUAAGCUCCUGUGACAUUUAAUCAAUGCUAUAAUGAAGCAACGUUGGAAAAAAGACACGUUACUCGAGGAUCUGCUGUACACCUCCGAGUAGGUAUGGUGGGCAGUCCUCGCCCUGCUCCAAUCUGCACUCCUCUCGGGGAGAGAAUGGAAACUGUAAACGUAAAUACGUAUGAACUGAAAACCUGGGUGAAAGUGCUUUGGAGGAGAUGACGGCGUUUAUGAAAGAGACAGGCAGCCAGGAGUCAGAUUCAGGCCG